GUUCCCAGACCGUAGCGGCGGGCGGCGGUGGCGGAGCAGCCCUGCGCGGGCCAUGUCGUCUCCGCCCGUGGCGAGGGCGUCCCCCGGCGGGAAUCGGGAGGCGGCCGGCGGCCCGCUGAGCCGGAACCGGCCGUGGGAAGUGGGCGGCGGCGGCGGCGGCGAGCGGCUGGAGCGCGCGGGCGCGGACCCGCGGCGCCGGGAGCUGCUGGUCCGCGGCGGCGAGCUGCUGGCGCUGGGCGGCCACCUGAAGGGAGCGCUGGAGGCGUUCGCGGCCGCGCUGCGCCGCGGGGCCCCGGCCAGGCCCGAGCGCCUCGGGUCGCUAGUGGACUGCUUGGUGUUCAGCUACCGGCUCCGGCACGGGCUGCGCUGGAGCGCGGCGCCCGCGGCGGGCGCGGCCGGGCUGCUCAGCUGCCUGGGCUGCCGGGGCUUCCUGAGCGAGCCGGUGACCGUGCCGUGCGGCCACAGCUACUGCCGCCGUUGCCUGCGAAGGGAACUGCGAGCCCGCUGCCGCCUGUGCCGGGACCGCCUGCCGCCCGCCGCUGUCGCCGCCGCCGCCGCCGCCGCCGAGGGGACCCCGCGGCCGCCGCCCCUGGCCGCCGCCAUCGCCGACUUCCGAACCAGCGUCGUGCUCAACCACCUGGCGGAGAAGUGGUUCCCGGGCCAGCGCGAGCGCGCGCGGGCGGCCGGCCGCCUCGGGGAGCUGCUACACCAAGGGCGCUACCGAGAGGCCCUGGCCGCCGCCUGCGACGCCCUGCGAGCAGAGCCUAGUGACCUGACUCUCAAAAUCUACAGAGCAGAGUCCUAUGCUGGCCUCCAGGAGUUUAAGGCAGCCAUAGAGGACCUAAAUGCAGUUCUCUUCCAGCUUCCAAACUGGCCUGAGGUCUACUUCCGGAAGGGGAAGGUCCUCCAGGACGCCGGCUUCCUAGGCGAUGCCUUACAGCUCUUCCUUCAGUGCUUAGCCCUGGACGAGGACUUUGCCCCUGCAAAGCUACAAGUCGAAAAGAUCUUGUGUGACUUAUUGUCGCCUGAAAACUUGAAGGAAGGCCUGAAGGAGUCUUCCUGGAGCUCCUUACCGUGUAUUAAAAACAAACCUUUGGGUUUUCCUGCAGUGGUGGAAGAGCCUCCCUCUCCGGGGGAGCUUAGCCUGAGGCAGACUGAAGAGCGACCAGAGGACGCCCCAGUGCCUGUCAAAGGGAGUUUAAACCGUGCUCGGUCAGCACAAGCCAUCAGUGCAGCGCCAGUGCCUGCCAGAGAAGAUGGUCUGAAGCGCGUGUCCUCAGAACCUUUACUGUCCACUCAGGGAAAGGGCGUUCUGCUGAAAAGGAAGCUGUCUCUCUUAGAACAGGAUGUGAUUAUUAAUGAAGAUGGGAGGAAUAAACUUAAAAAGCAGAGUGAGUCCCCCCGUGAAGACUGUGUGUUGUCAUUAGCUUAUGGUGACAUCCCAGAAGAGUUAAUAGAUGUCUCCGAUUUUGAAUGUUCUCUCUGUAUGAGGUUGUUUUUUGAGCCAGUAACAACCCCUUGUGGACAUUCAUUCUGUAAGAAUUGUCUUGAGCGCUGUUUGGAUCACACGCCGUACUGUCCCCUCUGCAAAGAGAGCUUAAAGGAGUAUCUAGCAGACAGGAGGUACUGCGUCACCCAGCUGUUGGAAGAGUUAAUAGUGAAGUAUCUGCCGGAUGAGCUGUCUGAGAGGAAGAAAAUCUACGAUGAAGAGACUGCUGAGCUCUCACACUUGACCAAGAAUGUCCCAAUAUUUGUUUGCACUAUGGCCUAUCCCACUGUGCCUUGCCCUCUCCAUGUAUUUGAGCCCAGGUACAGGCUCAUGAUUCGAAGAAGUAUACAGACUGGAACCAAGCAGUUCGGGAUGUGUGUCAGUGAUACACAAAACAGUUUUGCAGAUUAUGGUUGUAUGUUACAAAUUCGAAAUGUGCAUUUCUUACCUGAUGGAAGGUCUGUGGUUGACACAGUUGGAGGAAAGCGGUUUAGAGUUUUAAAAAGAGGAAUGAAAGACGGAUAUUGCACUGCAGACAUUGAGUAUCUGGAAGAUGUUAAGAUUGAGAAUGGAGAUGAAAUACAGAGUCUGAGAGAGCUUCAUGACUUGGUGUACUCACAAGCCUGCAGCUGGUUUCAGAAUUUAAGAGAUAGAUUUCGCAGCCAAAUCCUUCAGCACUUUGGAUCGAUGCCUGAGAGGGAGGAAAACCUCCAGGCAACCCCCAAUGGACCUGCAUGGUGUUGGUGGCUGCUGGCAGUCCUUCCUGUGGACCCCCGGUAUCAGCUGUCCGUGCUGUCAAUGAAGUCCCUGGAGGAGCGGCUGACAAAGAUACAGCACAUUCUGACUUAUUUCUCCAGAGACCAGUCUAAGUGAUGGACCGCUUGGAUCUUCCUUAGCUUGCUCUUGGCCCCAAGGCUAAGAAGCGGUUGGAUCUCAUUUUAAAGUCACCCUAAUCUGGCUCGUGGAUGGCCAGAUUGUCCGCUGCCUUUGCACACCCAGUGCUGGUUUAAAAAAUUAAGGAAACUUUUUUUUUUUCCUUCAACCUCCUGAAUCUCGUGGAUCUGCAAAUGAGUACCUUCAACUGGGUCCCAGACCACUAAGAACUUGCACAGAAAACACACACUGAAUGUGUGUUAAACCUCUACAUUGUGAUGAAGUUGCACUAUGUACCAUAUUCUAACUGAACUAAGUACUCCGCGUGUGUAUGAUGUGUGCGUGUGUAUGCCUGUGUGAAUGCAAGCCGGCGUGC